GGGUGGGCAGAGCCCGGCCGGGGGCGGGAUGGCCAAGGCGCUGACCUCCAGGCGCGCCCCCGGCGAGCCCGUGGCUGAGCCGGGGCUUGGCAAGAAGGUAGCUCGGAAGAAAAGCAGGAAGAGGAGAUUCUGGAAAAGCCGAGGGCGAGAAGCGAGCAAGACACCGGGCUGCGGCCCCGGAGUCGCCGUGGUCCGACCUCCGAAGGCGCCGGAGGACUUCUCCCGCAACUGGAGGGCGCUGCAGCGGUACCUCCAGCGGACAGGAAGGCGCCGGCUCCCCGCACAGAGGUCAGCAGAGCGGGGCACGAUGGGAAGGGAGCCGAGAAAAGGACAAACGAUGAUACUUCUCCGAAAGGAGGAGACGCCAAGCGCAAGAAGUGGAAAGCUAAGGAGGCGACUGUGGCCUUGACUCCGGCCGUGCCCACCGAGAGAAAACUUCGAAGUUGUUCAGAAGGAGGUGGCGGACAUGCUGAAGGGCCGGAUUCUAGUCGGACACGCGCUGCAUAACGACCUAAAGGUGCUGUUUCUUGAUCACCCAAAAAAGAAGAUUCGGGACACGCAGAAAUACAAACCUUUCAAGAGUCAAGUGAAGAGCGGAAGGCCAUCUUUGAAGCUGCUCGCGGAGAGAAUCCUGGGGGUCCGGGUGCAGCAGGCAGAGCACUGUUCGAUUCAGGAUGCCCAGGUGGCGAUGAGAUUGUAUGUCCUGGUGAAGAAGGAGUGGGAGAGUUCAGCCCAGGACAGGCGCCCCACGGCCCCCAUUCCAGACAGCCACAGCACCUCCCGUCCGCAGGCGGUUGUGACCACGCACAAGACAGCUCGGGUCUCCCCGUAGCGGCAGCUCUGUUGAAACAUGUUCGCCGUCCUGGCGGCAGGGCGUGGGGGCGGCCGAGAACUGCUUCCUCCCUCUGCCAUCCCAGACCUGGCGCCCCUGCUGGGGGCAGGCACCUCGGCGGGCUCUGUCCUGAGGACUGACGGCAAGUCGGGGGGCGUUCUGCAUUGUGCUGUCCCCACAGCGGGGUGGCAUCUUUGCUGGGGAUUCACCGGGUCCCAGGAGCCAGGGGCACUCAGCAUCCACUGGGUUUGUAGCAUCUUCCUGGGAGGAGGCCAGUCCCCUUUCUUUCUGUGCCUCGGGUCACAGGUCACGUAAAGAACCCCACCGGACUCACGGGCCGCACCCAGCGUGUGCAGUGAGCUGUGCUCCAGCCCCAUCUCCCAAGUUUGCCGCGGCCGCCUCUGGACUUGGAGAGAUUCUCUGAGGGUGCCGAUCCUUUCUCACACCCCCAGCUCCACCCGCCAGGUUUCAACUUGGGGUCAGGGCCCACAGCGCGGCGAGGGAGGCUCAGCUCGUCUGAGCUGGGUGACCAUGGUUCCCCCCCAGAGGCGGGUGUCCCUCCCCGUCUGGGACAGAUGUGCUGAUCCCCAGCUGUGGGGCUGGAGCACCGUGCGGGUCUGUCCCGGGUGUGAGGGUCUUUGAGAAGAGUCGGGAGCCCAGCAUAUGGCCCGGCUUUACCAAACCGCCUGACGUGGCACAAGGAAGCCCCGGACCCACUGAGGAGAUUUAACACAGGCGGGCUUUUACUAGA